UCCGAGAUAUCCCCAUCACAGCUACGAUUCUCUGCUUCACUUCCUGUUCAAGUUGACAUCCUUUUCCCGUGAUACCCUUUUUCGAAAAUGAGUAGCGACUCCCUUCCAUCCUCUUUCGAGGAGAAUCCUCAGUUCAAGGAGGAAACUUCUCUCCAGAAGUUCCGCAGACGUCUCAAGGAGGAGCCCUUGAUUCCGCUCGGAUGCGCAGCUACCAGUUAUGCUCUCUACCGCGCUUACCGAUCGAUGAAGGCCGGUGAUUCGGUCGAAAUGAACCGGAUGUUCCGUGCCCGUAUCUACGCCCAGUUCUUUACCCUUAUCGCCGUCGUUGCCGGAGGCAUGUACUUCAAGACGGAGCGACAGCAACGCAAGGAAUUCGAGCAGAUGGUCGAGGAACGCAAGAGCCAGGAAAAGCGGGAUGCCUGGCUGCGCGAGUUGGAAAUCCGUGAUAAGGAGGACAAGGAUUGGCGGGAGCGUCAUGCGGCUAUGGAGGCAGCAGCCCAAGAGGUAGGAAAGAGGCCUGGUCCUCCUAAGGCGGCUUCUGGGCAUGAUGCUGCUCGGUCCGCUAUUGAACGUUCCGAGGAGAAGUCCAUUGGUGUAUUAGACGCCGUAAUGGGGUUAAUGUCAAGGAGAAACUAGGGUUGAUAAGGACGGCUGUGAU